AUGCAAUGGACGCGCGGUGUGGACACAGAGGAGGUCCACUUGAAUCAGGUGAUCUGGAAGAUGUACCUGGCCUUGGUUUAUGUUUGCGUUGUCCAUGGCAUGGGCGCCAGUAUCAUGUGGAAAGCGGCCACGAGGUGCUGGCGGCAGGCCAGUUACGUCCUUCUCAGCGGACUUUCGUUACAGAAGUCCGUCAUGGCGCUUUGUACGUGCGGAUGGAGAAGAGUGGCGUUCUUCCUUCAGACGAUUUUGCGGCUCUGGACAUGGCAUCCUCACGGGUGCCGGCAGAACACGGAGCAUCCUCGUUGA